AAGUACGACACAACAACCAGUCGAGCACUUGAGCACUUGAACACUGUGUCCCUUCUUGAGCUCUCAUUCCGUCUGCUUCCUCUAGAGCUAGCUCGAUUGAUCGCAUUGGCCGAUGGCCUCAUCAAGCGACGUCGACCUCGCCGACCGCUUCGACAUGUCCGGCCCGACGCAUAUGAUGAAGGAAAAAAUUAUUCAUUGGGACAAGGAGGAGCACCGCCGUUGCGUCGCUGCUUGCCUUGUCAAAGGCGCCUACGUAGUGGAGAACGACCUCAACAGGCGCAGGAUGUGGGGUAAGGAGCUAGCGCCGGCGUGGUGGGAGAACUUCGGCUUCCGCACCGUCGACGUGAUCAACGACGACGUAAUCGACGAUAACGAUCAAAUCGUCACAGGUACAAUAUACGAGCACGAAACGCCACCUGGUGGUGGCGAGCCCCGACACCCGUUAUCUCCCCGCUAUGUGGUCGCCUUCCGUGGCACCAUGACAUGGCACCCCAAGGCGUUCGUGGAUCUGUACCUCGACCUGCAGGUCCUCUUCAACACCCUGCAGGACUCCCAGCGCUUCCGCCUAGCGAAGGCGGCGGUUCAGAAGCUAGUUGACACCAUCCACAAGGGCACGGGAGUCUGUGAUCAUGCUGUUGGUGGUAGAUGCGUUGUCUGGCUCGUGGGUCACUCGCUCGGUGCUUCCGUGGCGCUGGAGGUAGGCCGGGUCAUGAUGACGGAGCAAGGUUACAACCUCCCGACCUUCCUCUUCAAUCCGCCGCAGGUGUCACCGGCUCCGGUGAUCAACUUGCUGCACCCGAAUGAGAAGGCAAAAAGGCACCUGCACGCCGCGAGCUCCCUCCUCAAGGUAGGCCUAGGCAAGAUCAUGAACUCCCACGAGGAGCACAUGGAGAAGCUAUUCGAACGGCUUUCUCCGUGGACGCCGGAACUGUACGUGCACGAGAGCCACCCCAUCUGCCAGGGUUACAUCGACUACUUCGAGCAGCGGCAACUAGUGCAGGAACGCUUCCGUGGCAUCGGCAAUUCGGCAAUGAAGCUGUCGUACCGAGACAUGUUCUUUUCAGUGCUCGGGAAAAACAAGGAGCGGCCACACCUCCUGCCGUCAGCACUGCUGUGGAAGAACUCGAGGGUGGACGAUGACGUGGAGGAUCACAAGAAAUUGUCCAAGUGUAAGAUGCUCCAGGAACAACUGCACCAAUACAAGAAGCUGGCCUUCAACGCGCACAGCCUCGAGCACUGGUGGAAGCCGGACAAUGAGCUGAGCUUGACCAAGACGCAGUACAUGUACAGCUAUCCUUCAGCAUAGCAUUGGAGGCCAGCUCGAUCGGGUUCGAAUUGCACCAUACCUUUGUAUCGUUCAUAAACGUGUGUGAUAUGCGUGUCUUUCCUUUCUAUUAGCGUACCUAUAUUGCAUCAUGUUUCCUUAUUUCAUCUUGCUAUUUUGGCACUUUGUAUUCCCACAGAGAGUUUGUACGAGCCACACGCGUGCGUGUUCACGUCCUGGUGAAGUCUAGGUCGCUCGCUCCGUGUUCUGAUCAUGUGCGAUGGCACGCGACGCUGUGGGACUUGGGGCACGCAUGUAGGCUCUGAAAUUAAUGGCCACUUCCAUUCAGUUUGUAAUAAAAUUAAGGAGAAAGAAAGCAACGAAAACGCUGCGCAAGUUAGCAGCACAAA